CUCACUCGUCGCUCAAGAUGCGCCAUCAUCCUACUUGCUGCACUGUAGCUAGGCAACGCUAAGUACUACUAUGAUGGCAAUCUAUUUUGCCUUCUAUCUCAUAUUGCGAGACCUGCAUCAUGACCAAGCCAGCACUCACAACGUUAGCUGAUAUCUUCUAUACUUGACAUUGUUGUCAUCUCUUUCCCAGCGUGUCCCCACCUUUGCUUUUACGACGCUUCAAGAAUGAUGCGUGCGUCAGCGACCGGACUGUUUGCUUUGCCUGUUACCUUGAUUGCUAUCAUCUUCGCGACUCCUACCUACAGUCAAGACUGGCCCUACAACUUACCGCCAGGUGAAAAGUAUUAUCCUGAGCAUGAACACCACAUCAGGCGAAAUUUCGAGAUACAGCAGCGGCUCAAUGAUGUUUCUCCGUUUGGCGUGAGAAAAAUGAGCGGAGACCAAGGCGAGAAGUUCUUUCUGGAUUACUGGCAGUUCGGUCCCCUCGACAUGGAUAGAGAUAAGCCUGCGCAGCUCCGACGCUCGAUCAGUCCUGCAAUACUGUUUGCAAAUAUGUCCACCGUUGAGGAAUUGCUGCCACCGCUACUCUUACAUGCAGAUUCACAACAGUCUGUUUUUCCUCACAGAUUCUUUGGCCGCAGCUUACACGACCGGACGUAUCAAUGCCCAAUUGGCACCAACAGCUGCGACUCAAUUGGGUACCCCAACAGCUGUUGUGCUACCGAUGAAACGUGCAUGUCUCUUCCGGAGAGUGACGGUGCAACGAUAGGCUGCUGUCCAAAUGGUGCGAGUUGUGGAGGCAAGAUUGGCUCUUGCGAUACUGCUGCUGGAUACAUGACUUGUGAAAACGACAAUGGCGGUUGCUGCAUACCCGGUUAUGCGUGCCAAGGUUCUGGAUGCGUGUAUGCAUCAACAGCUACAACCACUACUACACUGCCAGUAGUCACUGUGACCACCGGAGCUUCAUGGUCAACAUUGUCUGAAAGCACUACCACUCAAACUUUCAUCAUCCCAGCAAGUUCUACCUCCCAGAUAGCUUCAGUCCGGACCAUUACCACCACGCUGGUGUUAGCGACAUCUGGAACUACCGAGACGACGACAGUUGUCCUAACGACGACAAUACUCCCUGCUUCAAGCGAACCGACAACAUCAUCAGUGCCCUCGACACCGAUCAGUCCAUCAUCUUCCGGUCAGGGACCGUUGACUUGCAGCUCUGGUUUCCGAACAUGCCCAGCUAGCCUUGGAGGUGGUUGCUGUCACACUGAUCGAGCCUGUGGUUCACUAACAUGUCCACCUUUAUCUACUGCAGCUCCACCAGUCUUGCCAACAAGUGGGUCUGGAUCGGUCUCAGCCUCAAUUCCGAUGUCGUUGUCAAGCAUCGAGUCACGUACUCCCACUUCGACAUCGAGCACCAUCAUCUACUCUGGCUGUCCCACUGGAUUCUAUAUGUGCAGUGCAUACUAUCUCGGUGGAUGUUGUCAAGUUGGAAGGAAUUGUGACACGACGAGUUGUCCUACAUCUGCAAGCACGGCUGUCAUCACCAAUUCUGGACUGACAGUGAUAGCACCUAGCGGUGCGAGCUCUGCAGUCCUGACCGGCAACUGUGCUAAUGGCUGGUUUAGUUGCGCAGCCAGUGUUGGUGGAGGAUGCUGCCCGUCUGGCUAUGGAUGUGGAGCCAGUUGCACAGCUAUGACUAGUGGGGAGAGCAACAUUGGCAAGGGAGCGCCUAGCGAAGCAUCCUAUGCAAAAAGGUGCGGAUGGGUGCUUCUGAGCUUGGCUACAUUGUCAGGAGCCGGGAUGAUUUUUCUUUGAUCUGCCAGCAUCAUGCAUGUGACGGGGAAGGGUCGCUUUGUACUCGAAUAUUCCGACCAAGCAACAUAAGCGAGCUCUCUCAGAAGUUCGGGGAUUAUGCAGAAACGUAGUAUAUAUGAUUCAGGAAUUGGCAUGAAUGACAAUGAGGAGCAGAAUAUCACGCGUCUU